CUGUGUCACAUGACUCUCCGUGACCAUUCAGACGUGUUCAAUGAGUGACAGCACAUGCAGGAGCUGCAACAUCAUUUUCGAACACGUUGGAUUUUUUAAUGAAUGGGAAAACUGUGUAAUGUAGCAAAACUAUGGUUGAUUGUACCGUUUUUACCUACACUAACAAAGACUUUAUAAGUGAUGUUUGUUCCGGACAGCAGACCAGGUCGCGAUUUGACUUCAUGCUGCGGACCGGAUGGACUGAGAAGAGAAACGCCGGGCUGUUUCGUUAUCACCUGGACGAUCUGGAGACCCGGAUCCUUCCCGGUCCGUGUGGCUACAUCGCUCAGCUGAACAUCUUGAGAGGCAUCGAGAGACGAAAACCUCAGGAGAUCCUGAGCGUCCGGCAGGACUUUGACACGAGACAGUUCAGCUUCAACAAGAUCAACCCAAAAGAGCUGCUGUUUGAAUUACAGAAAGAAACUGAAAGCUCUUGUGACGCUAGAUGCCAUCAAAAUGCUUCAAAAAGGAAGUGCAAAGUCAUAAUAAAUGUAAGUCCGUUGGAAUUCGGUCACUGUCUGCUUGUGCCUGAACCCGAAAGGUGUCACCCACAGAUACUGACGCCUUUAGCGGUUCAGAUGGGGAUAGAAACGGUUCUCCUCAGCGCUGAUCCAGGAUUCAGAGUUGGUUUUAACAGUCUGGGUGGUUUUGCAUCAGUUAAUCAUCUCCAUCUUCACGGCUACUAUCUAAACCACCAACUGAGGAUUGAAACCUCCCCAGCUGAACCGAUCCUCCCUGAAAAACACUUGUAUUGUCUUCUGGACUUCCCAGGAGGUUUUCUGUUCUACGCGCAGGGUUCAAACCUGGAUUUGGUAGUCAAUGCAGUAUGUAGUCUCACUGAUAUUAUGGUUGAUAGGAAUAUCGCACACAACCUCUUCAUCACCAGAGGUUGCCCUCCACGGAGGGAGCGUGACCCGUCUUCGUCCCGAAAUGGGGUGAGGGUUAUCGUGUGGCCCCGGGUGUCCAGUUUUGGUGCCAAAGAAGAGUCGGCUUUCAACGUUGCCCUGUGUGAGCUCGCCGGACACCUUCCCUUCAAAAACAAAGAAGACUAUGAGACAGCCACUGAGGAUGGAGUCCAAGACAUCAUUCGGAAAUAUCUGCUGCCACAAGAAGAGUUCAGUGAACUGCAAAAGCAUGUCGUGAAAUGUUUAUAGAUUACAGAUCAAAAUAUCCUGUCUCAAAAUAAGGGUUUCAGAAUACCUAAUAAAUGUUGAUUUUUAUUUAUUUGUUUAUUUAUUUAUGGGUUAUUAAAUUCAUUUUUUUUCCUCCUUUUUCAUUUUCUUUCUCUUGAAGUUACAAAUGAGGUGAUGCUUAGAUCAUCCGUUCACAGAUUAUUAUUAUGUGUGGGCACUAACUGUUAAAUUACUGUUAAAUAUAUAUAUAUAUAUAUAUAUAAGUUUGUGUUUACAUAUGUGUAAUGUGUAAAUUUAUAUGCAUAUAUAUGUAAAUAUAUUGAUAUAUAAUAUAAAUCAUAAAUCUGAAUACACACACACAUAUAUGUGUAUAUAUAUAUAUAUAUAUAUAUAAGAAGUUAUAUAUUCAUAUAAGAAGUUAUGCAUUCAUAUAAGAAGUUAUGCAUUAUGAACUAACUGAAUGUUUAUGAAUUAUUUUUAUAUUAUUCUGCAUUAACCACUCAUAACAAUCAUAUACUGAAUAUACAGAGCUUUUUUAUGGUUUUUGACACGUACAUUCUGUACUCUGCCUGUGUUCCUUGUGGUCAGAUAUGUGUAGGUUUAAUUUCAGUCGAAUUAACAUGUCUUGUGCUUAGGGUGCUAGAGUUUCAGAAGCGUCUGUUUAGAUAUAUGGACUUAUUGUCUUGCCUGUGCCUCUGAGGUGAGAAAACCACAGGAUAUGAUUAUUCUAUUCUUCAGACAUCACAAGACAUUAUAGUCCUUACUGACCUUUCCAUAUGUGCUCAGUUAGUCACGUAGCAGGAAACUGCUUCAAACCCUCUACAGAAUACAGGGUAUAAAUUACACCUGCGAACAAACAGCUAGGGCUUUUCUUUACUGCUCUGAAGCUCCUAGGUGUGCCUAGACCCUCUUCUAUAGACUUAACCUUCUCAGAGGUUAAGUCUAUAUUUGAUUUGGGCUGAUUAAGAAUGACUUAUUGAGUUUGUGUUAUGCAAUUUAUAUGUGAAAUGAUUGGAUUUAACAUUAUUAUUGAAACUUAAUUUCACUUGUCAGUUUCAAGUUAUGAUUAAUUCUGUUACACAUUUGCAUUUCUGAAACGUUUUGAAUAAAUUUACAACUUCUGCAACCCACCCGUCUGACGUGGAUUCGAUUUUGCAUCAGUUUUUGGAGGCACCGCUGGGAUCAAUCAUCGGUCCGUUUACUAUUGUUGAUGCUCCGCAUGACCAAAAAGAUAGAUAGAGUAGGUGGUCCCAAUGGCUCGCAUGGUUCUUGGGUGCACUUUUCCUAAACUGCAGAGAAUACCAGAUUCUGGAAGAAAAACUGUCGAAGAUGUCUAAUGGGAAAGAGUGGUUACCAGUGGGGAUGAGGUGAUUUCUCAAUGACGGGUAAGAUCCUCGAUGGCAGAGGGCAACCUAAGGCACCUGCCCAAGCAGGGAGGUGUUAUAUGUGAGAUGGUAGCGGAGUUAAGCGGAUGAUUGACAAGCCAAAAGCAUCAGGGAAACUGUAAGAAGCACAGCAAGUGGUCUGUCUUGAGAAUGUAAGCUCCUCCAGGCCUGAUCACCAGCGACCGCAUUCCUUGACGACGAUAAAAAAAAAAAAAAAAAGCUUGAUUCAGCUAGAAUCAAGGAGCUUAUUUAUAAAGAGUUAAUGGUAAGGAGCUUUCAAGAACCCUCUGAGACCAUGUAAUUAUAGCCAUGAUUUCUAGUAAGAUUAUAACAAAAUUUCUUAAUUUGAAACAAAAUCAUAAAAUCGGUUGCUCGAAACUGUAUAAAAAAAUUUGGGGUCUAGUUUAUGAUGAGUCCCUGAAUGUGAGAGGCCAAAAUAAUAUUGGACUAAUAUUAAUAUUAAACUAAUAUGUCUGUAUCAUAGUUUUACUAAUGCAGGUCCUUAGACAUGGUGGUGGCUAGAGAUUGAAAACUGCUUUUGCUGAUUCAAGAGAUGAUUUGGAUAUCUAAGGUUAAGAGAAGAUAUAUGUUCUCAAUGAAAAAGUCAUUUCACUUAACGGACACCAUACUGAUUUAAUUGAUUUGUGUCACAGCAUUGCACGUCAGUGUAUUUAUGAGAUGCAUGCGAUGAUGCAACAAAACUGGUUUUGGCUGGAAAUAUUGACUGAUAUUGAAGACAGGCUAUCCAGAUGUAUGCAUUAAAAUGACUAAUGAACAGUGUUUGGGGUAAUGCAUUACAAGUAACGUGAGUUACGUAAUAUUAUUACUUUUUCCAAGUAACUAGUAAAGUAACACAUUACUUUUUAAUUGACAAGAAAAUAUCUGAGUUACUUUUUUCAAAAGAGUAACUCCAGUUACGUUUCCCCCCAUUUAUUGAUUAAAAGCUCUCCUUUCUCUAUGUUGAGAGAAAUCGGGAGUAAGAUGUUAGUUCUAGAAUAAAUGUGAACAUGCAUUAAUUCAUCUCACUCACAAAAAAACAGAUUCAGAAAUUCAACUCAGAAUAUAUGUUAAAUAAUACAAAUAUCCUUUAUGCAUUUAAUCCCAUUUUAUUAACCAAUGUCUUUGCUGCCGACCUUCAAUGAUCCAAUUCAACCAUACUAAUAAGCAAAAAUUACUCAAUAUAAUCUAACAUUUGUUUUCCGUUUUUACUGCUGAAGAGUUGAGUUUUUUCUUCUGCUGUCUACUGUACAGACGUGAAUUUACUUUUCUCAGAGCCUGAGGCUUUUGGUGUGAAAAUGCUUUUACAUUUGCCAAAAUAUAACUUUUUAUAUUAAAAACAGAUUUAAAAAGCCCAGAUUUAAAAGGUAACACAAAAGUAAAGUAACGCAUUACUUUCCAUAAAAAGUAAUAUUGUAAUACAUUACUUUUAAAAGAAACUUUUCCCAACACUGCUAAUGAAGUAAUUAGACAAUAUUUAUUUUCUUGCCCUCAGCACUCAGAAUGCUAGAAAUCUUAAAGGUGCCACAUUCGAUUUAAAGGAUAAGAACCCCUGUACCAGUGGGGGAUCAAGGGUGGAUAGAGCAAGUAGGGGACAAAGUGAUGCUUCAGAGAGUAGGCCAGUUUGGGAGCCCUGGCUACACAGUAUGAUGGCCCUUGUCCAGUAUUGCUGACAAUGCCUACUUCUGUCCUUUCGUGGAAAUUGAGCCAGGCAUGACUCGGUGGAUACGUCUAAAGCUUUUCCUGUCUUUCCUUGCUUCUACUAACUAACACAAAGGAACUUAAGUAUGUGCCUGCCAUAUAUUACCACCUUAAUAUGGCUUUGAAGAAAAAAAAAAUAUAUAUAUAUAUAUAUAUAUUAACCUUGUAUCUUUUUCUUAGGUUACAGUACAGGAUGAUGUGUCCAUCUGGACCUGAUGUACUUAACCCCAUGAAAAGAGACAAUGAUGUGUGUGAAUUGUUGUUGUAUGUGAGUGAUGGUGCACCAAACAAAUUUAAGAUUUUAUAUGGGCCCACAAUGUAAAUUAGGCCAACGAAAUUUAUGUCCUUGGACGAUUUUGGCUAUUUGUUUCUGUUUAACUUAAGGGAGGCAGAAUAAGAACGCUUGUGCUGCCUACCCCCACACAUAAUUUCACUUUUUCUCCUCAUAGGAUGUCGUGAUGGAUUCCAUCAAACAGAAAUAUUGUUGUUUUAAACAUAUGAUAACAAGAGACUCUCCAAUUAGUGUGGAAUUGUGGUGUCUCAUGUUCUCUCAUUUUUCCUUCUUUCGUACUCCUAUCUAUGCUCUAUAGGCAUGAGUGAAUGCUGUCACAAAGCUAUUUUAGUCAUCUCUGUCACACUCGUUUGAUCCUUAGAGUGACAACCUUGGAGUGACUUCUGGCAGAACGCGGCCCAUCGUACGUGAUCCAUUGCGAAUCCUGUCCUGCUGGACGUCGAACCGAAUACAUUGUCAGUGACUAUAGGAGCCUGGUACUACAGACCAGGUGCUCGCUGCUUCGCCCCAGGAGACGUACGUUUCUUCCUCACGUCGCAUCCACACGCCACACGGACAGAAAGCGCUAUUUCCAAAACCUUGGGCAAGACCCCCAUCUCUAUCACCAAACACAGCAUGAUUAAAGAGUCAACUUCAUCUGCGCCUCGAUCUGAAGGCAGUAAAAAGGCCAAACUUAGCACGAGUAGUGAUGAGAAGAUCUAUAUUCUGCGGGUGAGGGGUAAGGAACGAUAUGAAAUGUUAAAGAAGAUCAAUGAUAGUUUGGAAUUGAGUGACAUGAUACCAGCGGAAACUACUCAUCAA